GUGUUCCAGGCCGAAGGAGCAGUCAAAAAAAAGGGUGAUGGGGCAAGCGGGAAAGAGCCUGACGUGGGAGAGGACCAGGACAUGGUAACUGAACAGUGAGUGAGGGACAGAGACCCGUGGACGCCCCCACAGUGCCUCCUCACCUUCAGAGCGGGUGUUCUCCAUGCCCCUGCCCAGGAAGGCCCCUCUCAACACUCCUGGCACCCCGGUCCUUGAAGACUUUCCUCAGAAUGAUGACGAAAAGGAGCGACUGCAGCGGAGACGCUCCAGGGUCUUUGACCUACAGUUCAGCACAGACUCACCUCAUUUGCUGGCCUCCCCCUCCAGUAGGAAUAUUGAUAUUUCAGCUGCGAUUCCUAAAUUUACAAACACACAGAUUACUGAGCAUUAUUCCACUUGUAUCAAACUGUCCACUGAAAAUAAAAUUACUACCAAGAAUGCUUUUGGCUUGCACUUGAUUGAUUUUAUGUCAGAGAUUCUUAAACAGAAAGAUGCCGAACCAACCAACUUUAAAGUGGCUGCUGGAACUCUGGAUGCCAGCACCAAGAUCUAUGCUGUGCGUGUGGAUGCCGUACAUGCUGAUGUAUACAGAGUCCUUGGGGGGCUGGGCAAAGAAGCACCAUCUCCAGAAGAAGCAGAGAGCCACGGUGCAGAUGGAAGUCCAGCCGAAACAGAAACAGCCAAAAAGGCUCCAAAGCCAAGGAAGAAGCACUCGUACAAAACCAUCGAGCAGAAUAUAAACAACCUCAACAUGUCUGAAGCAGAUCGAAAGUGUGAGAUUGACCCCAUGUUCCAGAAGACGGCGGCCUCAUUUGACGAGUGCAGCACAGCAGGGGUAUUUCUCUCCACGCUCCACUGCCGCGACUACACAAGCGAGCUGCUCUUUCCCUCCGACGUCCACACUCUCUCCACUGGAGAGCCCCUUGAGCUGCCGGAUUUAGGUUGGGUGGAAAUGAGUGAUUUAAAAGCGCCCUUGCAGCAGUGUGUGGAAGAUCGCCAGAUCUGCCCUUCCCUGGCCGGGUUCCAGUUCACUAAAUGGGACAGUGAAACACAUAAUGAGUCGGUGUCAGCCCUGGUGGACAAGUUUAAGAAGAACGACCAAGUAUUUGACAUCAAUGCCGAGGUGGAAGAGAGUGACUGUGGAGACUUCGCUGAUGGGCCCCUGGAGGAUGACUUCGAUGCCACUGAUGAACAGGACUGCACUGCAGCUGGGGAUCACACAGAGUUCAGGAACUGGAAGGAGCCGUGCCACGUCCAAAGCUGCCAAGAAGAGAUGAUUCCCCUCGGGGAUGGAGACAUCUGGACCAUGUGUCCCCUUCUAUCCAUGAAACCUGGAGAGUAUUCCUAUUUCAGUCCCCGUACCAUGUCGAUGUGGGCUGGCCCGGAUCACUGGCGCUUUAGACCCCGACACAAACAAGGUGCUACCUCACACUCAGAGAACAGAAAGAAGAGCACAAAGAAGGAUUUUGAAAUAGACUUUGACGAUGAUAUUGACUUUGAUGUAUAUUUUCGAAAAACAAAGGCUGCUACUAUUCUGACCAAGUCCACUCUGGAGAACCAGAAUUGGAGAGCCACCACUCUUCCUACAGACUUUCACUAUGAGACUGAAAAUCUUGUCCAGCUGCACCUCAAACCAGGCACCAGGUUACUUAAGAUGGCCCAAGGCCAGAAGGCAGGGACCGAGCAUUAUGAAGAAAUUGAAGACUACAAUUACAACAACCCCAACGACACCUCCAACUUCUGUCCUGGGUUACAGGCUGCUGACAGUGAUUAUGAAGAGUCAGAUGACUUAUUUGUGGGACCAGUUGGGACCUCUGACCUUACACCUCAUUCUGGCCAGCCGCCUACAACAACACAAGACAACAGUGACGUGCCUCAAGUCCAGGGAUUAGACAUCACCACUUACGGGGAGUCAAAUCUGGUAGCUGAGCCUCAGAAGGUGAAUAAAAUUGAAAUUCAAUAUGCUAAGACUGCCAAGAAGAUGGACAUGAAGAAGUUGAAGCAGAGCAUGUGGAGUCUGCUGACAGAAACCCCCAAGCAGGUGGGCGCAGAGGCCAACCACAGUGAGAAUGGACAAGCAGGGGAUGCAGUGGGGGUGGCUGACAAGAAGAUGCUCAGCGGGCUGACAAAGGACCUGCAGAAGAGCCUGCCUCCCCUCAUGGCUCAGAACCUCUCUAUACCUCUGGCCUUUGCGUGUCUCCUACAUUUGGCCAAUGAAAAGAACCUAAAGCUGGAAGGAACCGAGGAUCUUUCUGAUGUGCUCGUGGGGCAAGGAGACUGAGUUUACGGGGAGAAGUCCUCGCUUCUUCAGUGACCAGCACAUCUACACUCGGUGCUACGAUGCUGUGGGCUUGUGGCGAGGCUGCGGCCAGCCACCAGAGUACCUACUUCUCUUUUGCUCUUCCUGUCUCCUUCACCAUCUGGGAACCCUGAAGCUCUGUCCUUGAUAAAAAUUUUCUGCUCUGUGGUGAGGAGGAGGGAGGAGACGGGGAGGAUACCAUUUGUGAUUAUGGAAACUGUGUCCAUCCUUUGUAUCCAUGUAUAGUUUGUCUCCUAAAUUGCUCUGUUGUUUUCCAUACUUCACUCUUGUAGAAAAGAAUUCCCCAGUAGGCACUUGUCCUUUAACAGCUACCAAAUCCAUGUAUAUAAAAUACAUCAUAUAUGUGCUUAAAAAUGUAUAUA